CAUAUUGCUAAAUUGUUAAAGUUUGAAACAUCACUCAUUUUGACAUAAUUUGAUUAAUUUUUGUAAUGUCUUUGCAGAAGGGAGUAAAUCAUUAGAAGCUCAAAAUGAGAAAGGCUAGCACCAAUAUAGCUGUUGUAAUGCUGGACAAGCACAGUGUUCAUGUUGCAGUUGUCUCUAGGCCAGUCCCUUAAAUCGGUCAACUUCUUUUUCAUCUAUGGUUUCAGUCCUUUAUUCUGAUGCCUUUGGGCCAAAACUAUUGUCUUCUGUUUGUUUCCAGCAUUGCAGAGGAAUGUUAAAUUCAUCCAGUAAGCUGGCUAUGUUUAAUCCCUUCUUAUAAAGGUUAAUACUCUUUCCAGUAGCUUUGGUUUGUUCUAGUGAAAACUGGACCCUAAGAAUCAAGAUAGAUUAGAAACCACAAAACACGUAGGCAUGUAAGAGAAUUGAUUUUCAGGACAGUAAUAGAGAUCUUCAGAUGACAUUUAAACCAGUUGGAAGUAACUCUUUUGAGGAUAAUUCUGCCAAUCUUUUCUACUUGGUAAGACAAAGACACUUUUUCAGCUUUCUCUCUCAUUUUAGGCUGGGAAUGGAGUGCAUAGUUUGGAUACCAGCAGUGGGACAUCUUACCAGAACAAAGCAUCCAUGGGACCAUUGUUAAUCAAUGACUUCUAAGUGCAGGAUUGGUGCUGUUGGAUUGGAAACAGGUGCUACAAGAUGCCAGGUGAGGUGACUGAGAGCAGCAGCGGGAUGGAGGAGACUGUGCAGAAAGACAGCAAGUCUGGAGGCCAGAGCCCUCGCUGUGGCACAAUGAGAAGGGCUGUGGCAACCACUGUCACCUUUGAUGGGGAAGCCACUAUGGACCGCAGGAAAAAGAAGAAGAAAGAGUCCCGGCCCGAGUCAAUAAUCGUGUAUCGGUCCGAGCAUGACAAUAAGGUGGAGGAAGAACAGGCAGAUGAAGAAGGAGGGGAGAAGAGCUCUGAGGAAGGCUCCAAGUUCCUGGGUCAGUCUAUGACAGAUGGUGUCUGGAACAUGCCUUUAGACAGCCGCUAUGUCACCUUGACUGGAACAAUCACCAGGGGAAAGAAGAAGGGUCAGAUGGUGGACAUCCACGUCACCCUAACAGAUAAAGAGCUGCAGGAACUGGCUAAGUCAAAGGAACCUCCUAAAGAAGAUGUACCUGAGAAGAAGAAGAAAUGUGAUGUUGGGCUAGACAGAGGACCUCACAUUGUCCUCUGGACCAUCAUCUGCCUCCCCGUCAUUUUUGUAGUGUCCUUCGUGGUUUCAUUCUACUAUGGAACCAUUACAUGGUACAACAUCUUCUUGGUGUAUAAUGAAGAGAGGACCUUCUGGCACAAAAUCACCUUUUGUCCCUUUUUGAUUAUCUCCUACCCAAUUAUAAUUAUGGUUGUUUCUUUCUCCCUAGGCCUGUAUUCAGCUGUAGCCCAGGUAGCAUGGUCCUUUGGGUACUGGUGGCACGCUGUCAGGGAUAUGGAGAAAGGAUUCUGUGGCUGGCUCUGCAGCAAGCUGGGCUUGGAAGAUUGUUCUCCAUACAGCAUUGUUGAGCUACUUGAUUCUGACAAUAUCUCAGGUAGUCUCUCUGGCAAGAGCUCUGCACAGGGGGUUGACACCUCAGCAGUCUGAGCCUUUGUCCUGGGUGAUUAUUUUGGUCAUACACCAGUGUUCUCACCUAGAAAAUAACACACUGAUUUUUUAAAAAAAUAUAUAUACAUAUUUAAACACAAACUUAAUGAAUAAAAUAUUGGGCUGAGAGUCCUCUUUAAAUGUCACAGAAUGCAAGAAUGCUAGCUUCACAUGCUCUGGGUGGGGAGGUGCAUGGCUUUCCAAGGAUUUGUCAUGUGUUGUAGCUAUGUACAGCUUCUGGGAGUUGUAAGAAAAUCCAGGUCUGCAGGGCUCUGGCUGUUUGUGGAGUAGCAGAGACAUAUUAUGAAAAGUCCACUUCUGUCAAGGUAGACUUUACUUUUCAUCAAUAGGAAAUAGUAGUGACCUAUGACACAGUGAAAAGAAGUCUCUGCUCGGGGGAUGAACUUGAAGAGAUAGGAACCCAUUCAGAGGUGAAGGCUAAAUUGCAAAAUGUGUGAUGUUCCUGCAGUUUUCUUAGAAAGGUUCCUUUCCCAGUCCUUCCAACAAGAGCAGCUAACUUAGGCAGGGGAGGACAGCAUAGCUGCUAACAAAUCAAGUGAGUUCUGCACUGACCUGAAACAGCCCCAUCCCACGAUGGAAGAGCAGAGCUUGCUUUGUAAUGUGGUGUGGGGGGACCUGAUGAGGCUGUCACCAAGAACCCUCAGGUGCUCAGAUAGGCGCUUGGAACACCUCUGCACUGGAUCUCUUGUUAUGUGCACUGCUAGGGAGGAAUGAUCUACAGGAGUCAUUGUGCACUGCACUGUGUGCAGUGCAAACAGGUGUAUUUUAGGGAGGAAACACCUGCUCUAAGGAGGUGCCUGCUCCUAGGGAGGGGACAAUCCAUUUACAUCUCACUGCAAUGCAGGUGUGGACUUGCAGCACCUGGAUUUAGAGGUGGAGUUGAAGGCACUUAGGAUGCAAAGGGCUCUGAAACAAGUUAUUCUGGUUUUCAAGUUGCUCUUAUGGAAGAGCUGUUGGAUCUCCCCUUUCAGAAUGGGGGAGUCCAGAAGUUCACGCCUAUCCGUGCCUCUGGAAAUCUGUGUCGCCUUCCCCACCCCAUCCCCCUUCCUGUUUAAUUAUGUGGAAGAGCAAUGGAUCGUACGUCCUCCUCCCCUCAUGUCUCAUUUUUGUAAUGGGUUUCCCUCCCUUUUGGAUUUUUCAUGGCAUCAUAGCAGGCUCCCUGACCAGGCUGAGGUGGCCACCAUAGGCUGAAGAAAUUUUAAUUGUUUUUUAAAAAAAUUACUAGGAGAAAAGUUCUUUAUUCUAAAUCAUCUAUAGGGGUUUUGGCCUAAGAAGGAGAUGAGCAAAAUAAAAGUGUAGCAGAUUCUAAUGGGGACUGAGUAACAUAUCUGAAACAUAGUUAAUUUUCUCAGUGUUCCACUGCUGGUGCUGCUGGAAAGUCUGUGAGGCCCAAGCCAGAGGAGCCCACCAUUUGCUUGCAUGUAGGUAGGUAAGUGUGACAUGCAGUCUGUCAGCUGCACAGUCACUCCUGUCUCUGUAGUGUCUCAUUUCCCCAGUCUCCCUAUCGGGGGGAGGGAACUGCUGCUCUACUUUUAGGAUGGUAAAAAGAAACCAUUCAGAAGCUGGAUUUCACAGAAACUAAUUCUUUGUGUUGCAUUUUAAGGUUGAGCUCAAGACUACACUGACUGUCCUGGUUAGAGCAUCUGGGAACUGGUGAUGUAUAAACAAAUUCCAUCUGAUCCUCUAGUCCUGACACUGGGAAAUAAGUAGUUCCUGCUGCAUCCUUGGUCCCUGGGAGGUCAAAGGAGCCUCUUAGCAUUGGCUGAAGGCUCAACAGUAAAUAAUGCACAAGCCAAAUAUCAAGAGCAGUCUUGGCCCCAAACUUAACUGGGAAAGCAGUGGUGCUCCCUGGGCACAGGUAGAGCCAGGCUGUGUUUGUUGCUUCCUACUAUCAUUUUUUACUGGUGAAGUCUUUCAAAGCAAUUACCAACUUCCAGAAAAAAAAAAAUAAAAUAGACCCCAAUCUGUGAGACAACAUCAGGUAGUUUAGUGGGAUUCAAAGAGGCUGACAUAUGCCUGGGACUGGUUCAAGCAGUGAAAUGCCUUUCACAGGCCUGUUCCAAUCAGGCAGGCUGAUAUGCCUCUGAAUUAAUGGAGAUGCUGAGGAUAAGCCAUGCCAGUGCUGGCAGGCUGUAGUGACCCAGUGCAGCCACUCUCCACAUGGAAAUUGCAGGCUCCCACAUGGCUGGAGGAUGGGAAUAAGUGAUGCUUAACAAGCAUUAAGGAAAAGGAAGGUUCACUGGCAAGUGUUCUCACGCUUUGCCUAAAGGGACGCUGCUGGCAUGAAAGGGAUGGAUUGUGUAUCUUGGCCCCAACAUGCAGCAGACAAGUUUGGGGAAAGGAUGGCUGGCAAGUGUGUGUGCACUGCUGCAGAGGGACAAACCCAAUUCAGCUGUCACUGCCAAACAGCAGCUGUUCAAGGCUGGGGUCAGUAGCACAAAGAGCCUUCAGCUUACAGAGGGCUCGAAUGAUAAAUACCAGCUCAUUACAGAAUACAUCCACGUGAAAUGUCUGCUGAGCUGCAGGAUUUGCUUUCAGGAUUGCUAACAGCCCUCUGGAGUGGAGACAAAACGAAAUCUGUGCCUCUCACUGCUACAUAGACACAAAGGAGCAUCACAGGAGUCAUAGUACCCUCCCUCUGCAGUGCAGCUGUGCUUCUGGGUUUGGAGGUCACAUUUUGGGGGAUAUGCUGGGACAAUCCAUCAUGUGUUUUCUACUUCUUUACACUUAACUAAGCUUUCAUUGGCUCUGCUAAAUUCAAGGCAUUCUGUCAUUGAUUUUGGUGGGGGCUAUUUAAGCUUGGGGUUAGUUCUGGUGCUUGGGGUUAGUUUUGGUGCUAUUUGUAAAAGUUUAAUUCAGACUUUUCUCUAAGCAGCUGGAUAGCUUUCUCUCUUGCCCAUUGUCCUCUGUAGCAGUUUGCCUGUUGCAAAAUAUAUAAUAAUUAUCAAUUGUUGUAAUAGAAAAAAGCACAAGUUUUUGUCUUGUCCAACCCUGCUUUCAGAAUCAAGUAAUUUCUGCUUAUGUGCCACUGUCAGACUGCAGGGAAUUCCAGUUAUUCUGAUUGUUGAGUGUGUUUCUGGCUGCUCUAGUCUGGAUGUUUUUUAAUUAAAGAUACUGUUUGCUGAUUGUUAUUUUUAAUUGCAUUCCUCUUUCCCAUCCUUGCUGGCCUGGGUGGAGAAUAAAGAUGUAUGUGGCUUUACAGAA